UGGGGGCUGCCGCGCGGGCGAGCUCGGCGGGGACAGUGCGCACGGCCCGGGGUUCCCGGGCACCUCCGGCCGCUGGGCUUUCUCCGCCGCCGGCCCCGCGCUGCCUCCGCAGCCAGCCCGGCUCCCUCCCGGAUCUAAUAAGCCGCUCAGGGAUCUCCCCGCGUGGACGUCCGAGGCCACCAUCUGCCUGCUUUCGCCGGAGCCAGAGGGGUUAGCUCGAGCCUGUCUCGGGCGGGGAAGGAUGCGUGGCCGAGCCGGGGAGCCCGGGCGCCCCGCGGAGCCGGCCUCGGAGCCUCCCAGCCGUGGGUAGAUGCUGCCUUGCCCAGGCACCAUAGCCUGAGGGACCAGACCAUGGAGACCCUGCUUGGUGGCCUGCUGGCGUUUGGCAUGGCGUUUGCUGUGGUCGACGCCUGCCCCAAGUACUGCGUCUGCCAGAACCUGUCUGAGUCACUGGGGACCCUCUGCCCUUCCAAGGGGCUGCUCUUCGUGCCCCCUGACAUCGACCGGCGGACGGUGGAGCUGCGCCUGGGCGGCAACUUCAUCAUCCACAUUGGCCGCCAGGACUUCGCCAACAUGACGGGGCUGGUGGACCUGACCCUGUCGAGGAACACCAUCAGCCACAUCCAGCCCUUCUCCUUCCUGGACCUCGAGAGCCUCCGCUCCCUGCACCUGGACAGCAACCGGCUGCCCAGCCUUGGGGAGGACACCCUGCGGGGCCUGGUCAAUCUGCAGCAUCUCAUCGUGAACAAUAACCAGCUGGGUGGCAUUGCUGACGAGGCCUUCGAGGACUUCCUGCUCACUCUGGAGGACCUGGACCUCUCCUACAACAACCUCCACGGCCUGCCCUGGGGCUCCGUGCGGCGCAUGGUCAACCUCCACCAGCUGAGCCUGGACCACAACCUGCUGGACCACAUCGCCGAGGGCACCUUUGCCGACCUGCAGAAACUGGCUCGCCUUGACCUCACCUCCAACCGGCUGCAGAAGCUGCCCCCGGACCCCAUCUUUGCCCGCUCCCAGGCCUCCACCCUGACUGCCACGCCCUUUGCUCCACCCUUGUCCUUUAGUUUUGGGGGGAACCCGUUGCACUGCAACUGCGAGCUGCUCUGGCUGCGGAGGCUCGAGCGGGACGAUGACCUGGAGACCUGCGGCUCCCCGGGGGGCCUCAAGGGCCGCUACUUCUGGCACGUGCGCGAGGAGGAGUUUGUGUGCGAGCCACCUCUCAUCACCCAGCACACGCACAAGCUGCUCGUUCUGGAGGGCCAGGCGGCCAUGCUCAAGUGCAAGGCCAUCGGGGACCCCAGCCCCCUCAUCCACUGGGUGGCCCCCGAUGACCGCCUGGUGGGGAACUCCUCAAGGACCGCCGUGUACGACAACGGCACCCUGGACAUCCUCAUCACCACGUCUCAGGACAGCGGCGCCUUCACCUGCAUCGCCGCCAACGCCGCCGGGGAGGCCACGGCCAUGGUGGAGGUCUCCAUCGUCCAGCUGCCACACCUCAGCAACAGCACCAGCCGCACCGCUCCCCCCAAGUCCCGCCUCUCGGACAUCANGGUGGAGGACACACAAGAACAAGGAGCAGACCUCUUGGCCAAAGGAUCUCACUCCUCCUGGGAGAAGUGA